ACCUUAAAUUUCAGCACAGGGUGCAGAGCCCUCAGCAUCGCCUGUGGAACUGGGCUCCAAGCAGCACAGGUAACCCCCUCCCCACCGCCCCCAGGCUGCACCACAGGGCUGCACCUCACAGCGGGUCAUGCUGUGCCCCCAGGAGCCAGCCAGGAUGCGCGCAACCCUCUUCUGCCUCUGCCUCUGCCUGCUGGGCACCGUGCUGCCCACGCCCGUGUCACUUCCAGCCAGGGCAAGAGGAAACUGCCCUGGACAGCACCAGAUACUGCUGAAAGGUUGCAACACCAAACAUGGCUUCUACAUCUUCCAGUACAUUUACUCCCACCUCAUGCAGAAAAAUCAGACACAGGUCAAGAAAGAAGAAGGUGACCACCAGGGCACAAUCCAUGGCCACUGGCUGGGUAAGGUGGAUGGGGAGGCCCCAGGGCAAGGUGCUGGAAGCAGCCAUGUGCCGGAGGACAAGGACAGCCCCAAGACCCACAGCCACAUCACUCCAGCAAGCAAAGGGGAAGGCCGUGCUCUGCGCCCCGGUAUUGGUGACAGCAACAGUGUGUAUCCCACCUCAACCAGUGUGGAAGGCAGCGGCGACAUGGGUUCGAUUUUGCUGGGGGAGAUCAUCAAUGGCGAAGAUGGCCUCCCCCAAAGCACCCACCCUGGUGGACCUCAUGGAGAUGGCGAUGGUGGUAACGGUGUCCUGGUGGAUGGGGCUGUGACUGCAGGGAGGGAGAGGGCCUCUGGUUCCGAAGGGGCUGGGAGUGAGGGUGGUAGCCAUGCCCCUGUGCCCGACCAAGGGCAAGCAGGCACCAUGGGGACAGGAGACUCUGCCAUCACCUCUGUCACAGACUCUGCCAUCACCUCUGUCACCAAGAAGGAGGAUGUCCAUGUGGACACGGAAGGCAUAGAUGAGUUCGCAUACAUCCCUGAUGUAGACGCUGUCACCAUCACACGGGGGCAGGACGGUGAAACACAUAUCUCUCCGGAGGAUGAGGUGAAGAUCUUCAUUGGAAGAGCCAACAUCCAAGUGGGUGAGAAUGACAGCAGUGUGGGCAGCGCUGGUGCUACCAGUGAGGCCAAUGUCAUCCCUACAGUGGUGACCGUCAGGCCUCAGGGACACCCUGAGGAAUCAGCCACCAUGGCCACCCUGCAUCAUGGGGACAGUGUCACCAGCAGGCCUGUGGGCCACCCUUCUGUAGGAAACAGUGGGGAUGGUGCCACUGAAAUCCACAGCGGACAAGAGCUGGAGGCCCCUAGCCCUUGGGAGAGCACUGGUGGCGAUGCCACUGUCACCAUGGCAGUUGGUGUCCAAAGUGGCAAGGGGAGAAGCGGACAGAGGGCACUGGGGAAGCAUAGCCUUCCAGCCACCAUGACAACUCGGGGUGGCAGAGGAACAGCCUCCUCAGGGCUGACUACAGGGGACUGCAGCACUGCUGCCAGCACACCGUCCAGGAAAGGGAGCCAUGUGGUCAGUGCAGGGCAAGGAGAGAGCGGGGAGGUGGGGACAGCAGGCCCAGAGAGACAGAGGGCUAGGGUCCAGCAAGAGGUGGCACCAGCACGUGGUGUGGUGGGAGGAAUGGUGGUCCCUGAGGGGCACAGGGCUAGAGUCCAGCAAGAGGUGGCACCAGCACGUGGUGUGGUGGGAGGAAUGGUGGUUCCUGAGGGGCACAGAGCCAGGACCCAGCCAGAGGUGGCAUCAGCACCCAGCACUGUGGGGAAAGCAGCCCCAGAGAGGCACAGGAACAGGGCUCAGCAAGAAGUAGCACCAGUGCCCAGCAUGGUGGUGGAAACAGUGGCCCCAGAGAGGCACAGGGCCAGGGUGCGGCCAGAGUCAGCCAGGCUGGGACAAGCAGCGAGGCCAGAGGUGGCACCAGCACCCAGCACAGGGGGGAGAAUUGUGGCCCCAGGGGGGCACCGGGCCAGGGUUUGGCCAGGGGCAGCACCGGCACCUGGAGUGGUGGGGGUGGCCAGGCCAGCCCUCAGCAAAGCCUAUAAUGGGGACAAAAGGGUUGCCAUAGGAAAGUCCACUGAUGUGCCAAGGGAUCCCUGGGUGUGGGGCAGCGCCCACCCCCAGGCCCAGCACACCAGGGGCAGCACGGUGGCAGGAGGCUUUGCCCAUCUGCACAGAGGGCAAAGGUUGGGGGGCCUGACAGAGAUGGAGCACUCCAGGCAGGUGGAGCAGGUGAGGCACGCCGACCGGCUGCGCCUGCAUGAGCGGGCCGUGUAUGGCCUCAGCGGGGUGGGCGGCCCCCUGCAGCCUCCCGCAGUCCACACUGACCCCUGGAGCGCCGACAGCAGCCAGUCUUCUGAGGGGCGGUGGGGCAGCCACAGCGACAGCCGUGAGGAGGAUGGCGAGGUCAGAGGGUAUCCCUACGGCCGACAGUCCCUCUGAGGAGUGCCCUCAGAAGGGUCAGGGUGAUGCAGCACCCUCUCGGUGGCGUAGGGUAGCAUUGUUUCCGUGGAAAGAUGUGGGGAGAAAAGCCCUCCAAACCUCAUCGUGCUU